CCACAAGCUCCAUCUGCUGGAAGAACCACUGCCAGUCCUCAGUCGUCUGACUGCAGUGCGUCAUCCCGCCUCUCGGGGCGGUAGAGAGCAGCGGGAUCGAGAAGGAGCAGCACAAAGAAUGCGGAAUUGCGGAAGUAUAACGUGAUUCUGUUGUCGGCACCAACAAUGAAUAUAAAUUAAGCCAGGAGUGAUUAGUUGACUAAUUUACAUAAAGCUAAGACUCAGCAAUCAGGCUUUUGGACUGGAGAGAGAGUAAAAGAUGUCAGACAGCAGCAGAUCAGUCGGCCUGCUGUCAUAUGAGACACUUGUGCAUGCGGUGGCAGGUGCAAUGGGCAGUGUGACAGCAAUGACAGUGUUCUUCCCUCUGGACACAGCCAGGAUCAGACUUCAGGUGGAUGAGAACCGGAAGUCCCAGUCCACUCCCAUCAUUCUGGCUGAGAUCGCGAAGGAGGAAGGCUUAUUGUCUCUGUAUCGAGGCUGGUUUCCGGUCAUUUCUAGCCUGUGCUGCUCUAACUUUGUCUACUUCUACACAUUCAACACACUGAAGAGAGUGAUGGUCUCGGACCGGUCCAAACCUGCCAAAGAUUUGCUCAUGGGCUUCAUAUCAGGCACUGUUAAUGUGCUCCUGACGACUCCCAUGUGGGUGGUGAACACACGACUGAAGCUUCAGGGGGCAAAGUUCAGGAACGAAGAGCUCCAUCAGACCCACUAUAAGGGCAUAUUUGAUGCCUUCUCCCAGAUAAUAGCCAAUGAGGGAGUGGGAACGCUGUGGAACGGGACACUGCCGUCUCUUGUGCUGGUGUUCAACCCCGCUGUGCAGUUCAUGUUCUACGAGGCUAUGAAGCGAGCAGGACGUGGAGGCAGGAAGAUAUCAUCACUUGAGAUCUUUCUCAUCGGUGCCAUCGCUAAAGCUAUCGCAACAUCUGCAACGUAUCCUCUACAGACGGUUCAGGCCAUUCUGAGGUUUGGCCAGUAUAAGUCAGAUGGUAAAGGGGGUCUAGUGGGCAGCCUGAGGAACGUGGUUUCUCUGCUAAUGGACCGGAUCAAGAGACACGGGCUGCUGGGUUUGUAUAAAGGUCUGGAGGCGAAGCUGCUGCAGACUGUGCUGACGGCGGCCCUCAUGUUUGUGGUGUAUGAGAAAAUCACUGCUGCCACCUUCAAACUCAUGGGCCUCCAGAGGAAACUCAAGCACUGAGAUACUGUAGCCUUCAUUCAUGACUACCUCUCUAACACACACACACACACCCUCAGGAGGAGAUUCACAUAUCCCAUCAGUCACUGCUCCACUAACAUGGGUUCAUCUGGGUAAGGUUCAGUCCUACCUUAACACAGGUCAGUUUAAAGCAUGAAAAAGGGCAUUCAUGUACCUUUUAGUUUUUAACAUAUUGCUUUUUUUAAAGUUUACAUGAUCAAGUUUCUUUUAUCAGAGUCUUAGAGAAAAUGUGUUACUGAUUUAAAACAUCUUGUGCCACAGAAGUCUUUUAUAACAUCUUAACCAGAAGCAAAUCAUGUUUCUGAAUUUAAAAAUUAAAAUCCUGUCAUUUACUCACUCUGAUGCCAUUCCAAACCAGUAUUGUUAAUGCAAACUAAAACUAUGGACACUUUUCACAUUUCCGGGGCUCUCAGAAGUGGAAGUCGUCAUAGUUGGCUAAACACUUAUAGCAGUGCACAGGAAAAGACAGCAAAUGUAAUUUUUUUUUUUUUUCACAUUUGCUCCAAUAGCAAAAGAAAAAAAUCCAUUAGCUUGCUUACGACUCUCCAAAAGAGUGAAAAAAUAUCGAGAGAUUGAUUACGUUGGUCAGAAGAGAGAAAGAUGUAGAAUUUGCUGUCACUCCCUCAGCCAUUGUAUUAGAAACACCCUCACAGCAGCAUUAAUUCAUUUUUUGUAAUUAACUGCCAAGGUAAUAUAACACAAAGUUUAGUGUUAUAAAUGUACAGUAUGCUAUGUUUUUUAAAUAUGAAAAACUUUACUAGAGUUGCAAUGUUGAUAACUGGAAACGCAUCAUCACAGUCUUUGAAAAGGGUCCAUUAAGUUGUUUUUGUUGAUGGAAAUAAGGCUGAAAUAAAAUAUAAACAUUAGAUGGAAACACUUAGUUACCUCAGCAACUAACAGAAAUAAAAUAUUCAAGUUGAAGUGCUAAAAUUAAUAAAACUUAGAAAUGAAGCUAAAUAGAAAUAAUAAUAAAAAAAUUGACAACAGCACAUAACAAAAUGACUAAAUCUAAAAGUAUAUAAAUAAUACUAAAGUAAUGUUGUUCCAACAUGAAAAAUGAAUGUUCAAGCUUUUAUAGAAAAAGCCAGCAUUAACCUGAUGAGCUCCGUAAAGACAAUAAAUGUCCCAAGUGCAUGGAAGAGCCUGAAAUAUGCAUCAAUAUUCUUCCCCUCCGCUGCAGUUCUUAAUUGUGGAUUGACAUCAGACCGGUUUAAAUGUGUAGUGAGUGAAAUUUGAGAGCUAUGGCAGACAGCAACAUUUUAGUCUGUUCCACACAGAGAACUGUUUUAUGAGUUUAGAAGACCUUGACUGUAACUUUUAGGGCAUAGUUUUAGCAUAGAAAGAGCAGCAUGAACAUUUUUCAGAAUAUCUUUUAUGUUUCACAGAAAGAAUAGGAGUUUGUAACUACAUGAGGGUGAGUAAAUGAUGGCAGAAUUUUCAUUUUUGAGUGAAAUUUGUCUAAUAGUAGAUAUUUGGUUGUCAUUGGGAACUGAAAAGUGUAUGAAAGUUUGAAUUAGGGACAUCUGUCAUGUGAAUAGAGAUCAAUUAAUAUAUAUUUGGCACAAAUGGUAUUGUGCUUUAAUAAAUGCAGUAGAGCCUUAUAAGUGAUGUGCUGCUAUGUCACGUGACAAACCAAGCAAUGGUCUUUGUUUUACCAUCAAUAGAUAAAAUCUGGAGCUGAUCAGAGCUGUCCUCUCUGAUCCGCCAAAUCAAUGUUACUGAUUCUGAAAUAUUCUCAAAGCCUGUUUUCUUUUACUUUGUACAAUGAACAAUUUUGGCACCAAUUGAUGUCCAAUGUAAAAUCUGGGUCCUGGAGCAAAACCAGUUGAGAAUCACUAAUCUAGAGGAUGUUUUUCUUUUGUGAUGAUUGGGUUAGCUGAUUUCAUGCCAUUGACUGACAACUCCCAGUUUUAAUUUGAGAACAAAAAAGUUCUUUAUUGGAUUUUGAGUGCAUCCAAUUAUAUUUAAGUUUUAAAUUGCACGAUUAAUCAUUAAAAGAUCGCGGUCUUAUUCCUAAAUGAAAAAUGAUUCGGCUAUGUCUAUUAAACCUUUGAUGAGUACGAUUAGAGUGAACGUUCAAAUCUGCUUUCUGAGCCAGAGAGAGCAGUUGUCAUGUAAAGGUAUGAAACAACUUCACAAACAGUCUUUUCAAUCACAGAAUCAUUAUUUCUGUGGUGAAAUAAUUCAAAUUACUACAGAAGUAAAAGUUUAUAGUUCAGAUAUAAGCACUGAUGUCUAUGGAAGUGAUCAAAAUGAAGUAAAUCAGCUUUUGAAAGUAAUGUUUUAAAUAACGAUUGUAUGAAUUACAUCAUUACACCAGUAGGUGGCGACAAGUGACUGUUAAAUAUAUUUGGCAUUGAAACUUUCAUUCAAGAGAUUCAUUCAGAAAUGCGGAUUCAUCCAGUAAUGAAACAAAGUCUUGACGAGUGAGUCAUUGAAUCAUUCACUCAAAUUUAAAAAUUCAAAAAUUCUAAUUAAGUAUAUUUAAAUAGACUGCAGCAAUUAACAUAUAGCCUCUAGUAAAUUAUUUUGUUUAGUUGUCCAUUUGAAUUGCGGGAGAAUUGUGCAGCUAUAACUUAAAAGAUAUUUAUCACAAUUUAGCAUUCAUGAAAGGCAUUUUAAAAAACACCGCUCGGUGUAAUCCUGAGCUCGAGGUCAAGGUGAAAUUAUUCACACCAUACUUGCCUUAAAUAUGCAUUUUUGAGAGAAAAGCUUCCAGUUUACAGAGGUCUUACCUGCUGUGUCAAUGAAACUGGUUUGUCUUGUGGACCACGUACAAUAGGAUAUUAAAAACUAAGAGUUUACAUAAUGAACUUGCAACUAAGACUUUGUACUUAAGUUUCUUUAUUUCAAAAUUUAUAGCACAUAUUUUUUUUGUAAUUUUAUUUGUAUAACCUCUGUUAUUUAACUGUACUUGUACUUUUUGGCAUGUUUAAAUGAAUUGCAAACUUUAAGCGAAUGCUAAUAAAAGCGUUUGAUGAAGA